GUAACAAGUUUGUUGCUGUUUUGCUACAAUCCAGACCAAUUUCUUUCGCAUUCCUGCUGAAUUAGGGUAUCCAAAUGAUCAUAACCUCUUCUACUAACUUCAGUAGCAAAGUAAUUAGCGUCAAUCUAAGCAUUGUUCUUGAAACUUUUAGAUUUCAUAUGUUACGUACAAAAUUCUUGUAAAUCAAUUUUAGGUACUGUGUAUUGUUUUCAUCAUCUGUUGUCUGAAUUUGGAAGCACAAUUGUAUCACAAUUAGAUAAGUUUGAGGGUUUAAGAUAUUAGAAAUGGCUGAGGAUGCACCUCCUCCUGUUAGGUUGAUGAAUUUCGUCUCUCAAGAAGAGUUAGAUGUAGCAAAACAACAUCGCGGUGAAAGAGUGGAGGAUGGGACUGCACAAAGAGACCGCCCUCUAUUUGAGAUUUUGAAGGAGAACAAAGAUAAGCGGGAUGCUGAAUUCAAUGAGCGGUUUAAACAUCGACCACCCAAGGCUUUGGAUGAAGACGAGACUGAUUUCCUCGAUAAACUGGAGACGUCCAGGAAAGAAUAUGAACGACUUAUAGCUGAUGAAGAAGCUGAACAACUCAGGAGCUUUCAAGCAGCAGUUGCAGCGCAAUCUAUGAUUGUACAUGAGGUUAAAGAAAGGCUUCCUGUUUCUGAUGUCCAGGAGAAAAGGACAACGGGGAAGAAAAAUCCUCCUUCUCAGACCUUGGGAAUGAUCAUAAAAGUAAAGCCACAAAAGAAAGCUAAAGUGGAGCCAUCAGUGGAACCAGAACCUGGAGCUACUGAAAAGUCUUCCACUGAGUUUCAACAACGUUCCAACCAGAAAAAUGCACCUAGUAUCGAUAAAGAGAGGCCUCCGGAGGCGCUUAAGAAUUCCGAAUUCAACAACACCUGCAUUGGUUUAGUUUCGUACAGUGAUGAAAGUGAUGAUGAUUAAUCUCUUGUUUUUAUAAGCAAACGGGAAAAAUGUCCUUUGCUCGUCUAGCUAGUUUGGCUUGUAGGGCUGUUAGCUGUGUACUAGACCUCCCCAUGCUCUGUAUGACAGAAAUUACUUCCAUAUACGAAACAAUUAUUAUGGCUGGAUUUGUAAGAAAUUGUCUCAAUCGAUUAAAAUUUUACUUGAAA